UAUAUAUAUAUAAUAAAUAUAGAUAGAUACAUUGAAGAAAGCUUUUGUUUUUGCUUUUUUGGGAUUCAAAGAAUCAAAAGGUUGCGUUCAGAAUUUGUAUAUUUGUUUGGAUAUUGCUCUCUGCUUUAUUGAAAAAUAAAUAAAAAAAUAUUCUUGAUUUGUUCUUGAGUGCCCUUUGCUUUUCCACCUGCUCUGGAGAUUAUUCAGGUCAGUGUUAAUCCAAAAUAAGUUACACAUUUACGUUUUGUUUCGAAUUUUCGAUACAUAAAAUCGAGAUGUGAUCGAUAUUUUCUUUUUAGAACAGCUUAUUCUGUGUUUGUUUGAAUUUUCGAAGCAUUUGGUCUCUUAGUUAUGAUUGCUUUGUGGGGGUUAAUAUUCGAACUAUACUCGUUGUUUAUUCGAUUCUUAUGAGUUUUUUGUAUGGAGUAAUGAAUAUAUCGAUUUUGGGUUGCUACAUUCAGCUACCGUUUUUCUAGAAAAAUCGAAAAUUGCAAUACGAUUUACAAGCUCAAGAUUGCAAUUUGCUUCUUGUUCGUCUGAUUUUCGGUUGCAAGAUUCAGCUACUUAUUUUCUAGAAAAUUCUAAAAAUGCAAUACGAAUUUACAAGGUCAAAGAUUGCACUUUUGCUUCUUGUUCGUCUGAUUUAUUACGAAGGAUUCGAAAACAUGUUCAUCAAAUGCUCGUGGAUAAGUAUUCUAUAAAAAAGCUCGUUUCUUUCUCUCUUUCUUCCUUGCUGCUUUAUUUGAUACUUUGCUUAAUCGCUUCAGGGUAAAAGGCUUGGUUCGUUGUGCAUAGAUUGAAGUUCGACUAAUGGGCUGGCUUAGUAAAAUUUUCAAAGUUUCAAAUCGUAAAGUUUCGGAUGGGCGAUAUGGUUGUAGACAUGAGACAGAUACCUUGGCCAAUCGUCAAUCUACUUCAUCCAAUUCAUGGUUGGAGACGGAACGUAUAGACGAUCCAAUUGCGUUAUCUCAUUCAGAAGAUAAUCGGAGAGGAAAAGAAGUUUUGAUCGAGGAGGAACCGAAAUUGGAACAAGACGAACCACUAGAUAGUGUUCGUCACGAGAGUUUGAAUCCCGACCCUCGACCGGAUUCAUGGAGUCGAAACGACAGCUGUACUAGUAGUAGUAAUAACGGAUAUUUAUACGGAUACGGAAGUUAUAGUCUUUACCAACCUAUAUCUUUCCCCUAUUCCACAAACUACAGGGUUUGCGGUGGUUGCAACACCGAAAUUGGCAACGGGAGGUUUUUGAGCUGUAUGAAUGCUGUUUGGCACCCGGAAUGUUUUAGAUGCCGCGGAUGUAACCAGUCGAUAUCCGAUUACGAGUUUUCGGUGUCUGGGGGCCACCCCUAUCAUAAAACUUGCUACAAGGAGUCCCAUUAUCCGAAAUGUGACAUCUGUAGACACUUUAUUCCAACGAAUGCAGCUGGUCUUAUUGAAUAUAGGGCACAUCCUUUUUGGUCCCAGAAAUACUGUCCUACACACGAGCAUGAUGGAACUCCCCGAUGCUGUAGCUGUGAGCGGAUGGAGUCGUGGGAUGCAAGAUUUGCUGCCCUUAACGACGGUCGUAAACUCUGCUUGGAGUGCAUCGACUCAGCAGUUAUGGACACAGACGAAUGCCAGCCCCUUUUUCGCGAUAUUCUUGAAUUCUACAAAGGAUUAAAUAUGAAGCUGACUCAGCAAGUCCCGUUGCUAUUGGUCGAAAAACAGACACUUAACCAAGCUAUGGGUGGAGAAACACAUCAUGGGCAUCAUUACAUGCCCGAAACUCGAGGUAUUUGUCUCUCCGAAGAACAAACAGUCAGCACUAUAUCGCGGCGACCAAGGAUAGGAUCCGGAAAUCGAGCCACGGGCAUGAAAACCGAGCCUUAUAAAUUAAAACGCCACUGCGAAGUAACAGCAAUUCUCGUUUUAUACGGCCUCCCAAGAUUACUGACUGGAACAAUAUUGGCUCAUGAAAUGAUGCAUGCUUGGUUGAGACUCAACGGUUAUCGAACUCUAAGAGAAGAAGUCGAAGAAGGUAUAUGCCAAGUACUCGCGAAUAUGUGGUUGGAAUCUAAAAUUAUAUCAAUGUCGGAUAACGAUAGUGCAUCAACCUCCGUUUCGAGUUUGUCUGAAAGAAAACUGAGCAAGUUUUUUAAGCACCAGAUCGAAACGGAUGCAUCUGUUGUGUAUGGAAAUGGUUUUCGAGCUGGUCAACGGGCUGUGGUCAAGUUUGGGCUGACCAGAACUUUACAUUACAUGCGCAAGACCGGACAUUUUCCGGAAUAAAUUUGGUGUCGAUUUUCUUUUUGGGUAUAGAUUUAUGAAAUCAUUCUUCAACACUGUAUAGUUCAAAGUUGUAAUAUUAAAGAUUUAUAUAAUAUAAUAAAAAAAAAUCAUGUUUAGC